AUGUCCUAUGUCUUCCAUUUUCAUUGUGGAAGCAAUGAGAACAGCCCUGCAGCCAGCGUGCAAUCGUCAAACUCGGCGAGGCCGCCUGCGCUAACGGCCAGACCCUGGAUGGCUGAAAGCCCUCCAGCCCCACCGCCCCCCAGACCCAGAUGCCAGUUCUUUUCACCCUUUCAAGACAUCACCUUCAAGGCCAAAUCAGACCAUCGGUCUAGAUCCAGGUCAAGGUCCGUCAGGCGGCGACAUAGAGCGCGACCUUCCCACAGAGAACCGCCUUCUGUGGAAAUCCCGCCAGGUGAUUUUUCGGAAGCACAUAUUCCUCAGCAAGCGUGGCUGCGACAGCCAGCGCAACCCAGAGUUCUUCAGCCACCGGCAUCGCCAUUUUUCCCCCCGCUGCCGAAGCAACCGCCCCCGCUGCCAGUGCCACAGGUUGGCCCUCCUGGCGAUUUCGGCUUUCUAGGCUACUGGCCAGCGCCCCCAUUGUUUCACCCGCCGCCCCUGCUACCUGCCCCGCCUGUGCAGCAACAACCAGUUCAUCAAUUUCCUGCGCGGCAUGUUUAUCAGUGGCAUCCUCCUGCACGCAACCCUGCGGUCCCUCCUGCAGGUGUUCCAACGCCCGCAGCGCAGCCAUUCUUGCAGCCGCCCUGCCCGAGCCGUGGAGUCAGAAACCCUCAGCAGCCUGUGACCCCUCCCAAAAAAGGUGCUACAUCUGGCCGUGAAGCAACAGGUCAGCUCAUUCGCAAAGACUCCCGUUUCGAUCUUGCAGCUUUUACCUCACAGAAGCUGUCUCAAACCAACAAGUCAGCAGCACAGGCAGGAGAACUCACGGCAGCCGAGAACCAGCUUUUCAAGGAUGUCAUGCAAGCCUCUGCGCUGGAGUUGGAAGAUCAGAUCGCGGGACGAGAUCCCCGUGACACAUUCGUAGUCGAAGAGCCGCUCACGCUUUUUUUGGAUUACUGCUUCUUGAUCUACCAGACCAAAGCUCUCAGAAGCUCUGAUGCUUGGUUGCUGUACACCAGAUCUCAGUCUCAAUGUGGGACAGGGCGUAAGCAAGCCGCAAGAAUGUGGGUCCGAGAAUGGCAGCUUUGCACCAACACUGACAUUCGUCAAAUUUUGGACUUCUUGCUUUCUCGUUUUCCGGAAGGGCUCCCCCCAAAUUCGGUGGACUCACAGACCCUUCGGAAAUUUUGUCAGAUGCUUUGGAGUUCCAAGUGCCCAAUCUUUGAUACGUUUCGAGCAGAAGCAAGCACUUUUUCCUCUCCUGCGGCUGAAAGUAGUGUGCUUGUGUUUCCAGUGGCUGGUUUUCCUGGGCCGCCUCCGUCGCCCGAUCAGUGGUAUCAAUGGGCACAUGGCACUGAUAGCGCCGGAGCCAUUGGAAUUUUAUCGUCGGGGAGAAUUCUGCCUACUGCAAAGCAGACCCUCCAUCUGAAACCCCCGCAAAGCAGUUGGUCAUUUUUCUGUAAAGUACUGACCACGCCUGAUUGGGAGGAAGCUCGCAACGAAUUUGUGAGCAACAUGCAUUGGUCCACAAAGAACAGUUGCGGAGUGGUAUUUUCAGGCAGAGUCGGAGGCGCAGCCCAUAAGGCUCAGGGUGCUAACACAGUUUUGGAAAAUGCUUUGGGCAGGUUUCACCCAGUUGUGCAUUCACCGUCUAAGACGGACAAGAGGUGGUGCGUCAGAACAACUGCGGCCCGUAUAGACGUCAUCUAUAUCGUUUCCAGCAUGCACUCGUUGGAUUUUCCGUUCGAGCCUUCCUUGGCUUCCAAGAAGUCCAACAAGCCAUUGGAUGACCCUAUCGGUCUCCCUCUCGCAAUCCAAGACGCUGGAAUUGAUGAUAGCUGGGGCAAGUGGCUUCCCCAAGGCUCCUCCGAAGCAUCCCAGCAAGUUCCUCCAGCAGCGAAUUCAGCCAUGGUAGCAGAAAUUCCUGCUACAGAUGAAGAGCCUGAUUUGAUGGCUAGCUUUCACUCGUUUCAAGAAUCCUGA